AUGGGUGGGCCGUCACAUCAUGAGAAAAACAGACGACCGAUGGACACAAAGAACAUCACAGUGGAUUCGCGAACAAAGGGUUCCCGAGGAAGACCUCCGACUAGAUGGGCAGACGUGUUCAUGGACCCAGCUGAGAAAUCAGCUGGAUACGAUUCCUGCCCCUGGAAAUUAUGGACGCAGCCACCGAUGGCAGCCAAGAAGAUCGUGGAUGUCCGAAGCGGGGGACAGGGAUACUAG